GGCUGUCCGGGCAUGCUGGGAGUUGUAGUUUGGCCACAGCUGGAGGCACCCUGGUUGGGAAUCACUGUGUUAGUGCAUUUGGGGGCCCAUCGCCCUGGUCCUGUGGGGGAGGCUACAUUGCUGCAUUGUUGGGUGUCCUAAGGCCGAGUCUUGGCAUAUUCUCUAUCUCCAGUCAGUAGUGGUCAGGGCUGGACCCCCGGACAUGUCCGUCAUUGUGCUCUGAGGCGCCCCCUGCUGCAGCUUGGUGUUAUACACAGUGCGGAAGAAAUCUCUGUAUGUGUUACUUUGUAAAUACCAAUUUCUAUAAUACAUCAUUUCUUAUACUCCAGCAGCUUCCAGAGCUGCAUUCAUUAUUCUGCUGGUCUUCCACCAGCACUCAGGCUUUAUGAUCUCACAUUAAGGUCAUGUUGUCACCUCCAGAGCUGCAUUCACUAUUCUGCUGGUCUUCCACCAGCACUCAGGCUUUAUGAUCUCACAUCAAUGUCCUGUCGUCACCUCCAGAGCUGCAUUCACUAUUCUGCUGGUCUUCCACCAGCACUCAGGCUUUAUGAUCUCACAUCAAUGUCCUGUCGUCACCUCCAGAGCUGCAUUCACUAUUCUGCUGGUCUUCCACCAGCACUCAGGCUUUAUGAUCUCACAUUAAUGUCAUGGAGUCACCUCCAGAGCUGCAUUCACUAUUCUGCUGGUCUUCCACCAGCACUCAGGCUUUAUGAUCUCACAUCAAUGUCAUGUUGUCACCUCCAGAGCUGCAUUCACUAUUCUGCUGGUCUUCCACCAGCACUCAGGCUUUAUGAUCUCACAUUAAGGUCAUGUCGUCACCUCCAGAGCUGCAUUCACUAUUCUGCUGGUCUUCCACCAGCACUCAGGCUUUAUGAUCUCACAUCAAUGUCCUGUCGUCACCUCCAGAGCUGCAUUCACUAUUCUGCUGGUCUUCCACCAGCACUCAGGCUUUAUGAUCUCACAUUAAUGUCAUGGAGUCACCUCCAGAGCUGCAUUCACUAUUCUGCUGGUCUUCCACCAGCACUCAGGCUUUAUGAUCUCACAUCAAUGUCAUGUCGUCACCUCCAGAGCUGCAUUCACUAUUCUGCUGGUCUUCCACCAGCACUCAGGCUUUAUGAUCUCACAUCAAUGUCAUGUCGUCACCUCCAGAGCUGCAUUCACUAUUCUGCUGGUCUUCCAUCAACACUCAGGCUUUAUGAUCUCACAUUGAUGUCAUGUCGUCACCUCCAGAGCUGCAUUCACUAUUCUGCUGGUCUUCCACCAGCACUCAGGCGUUAUGAUCUCACAUCAAUGUCCUGUCGUCACCUCCAGAGCUGCAUUCACUAUUCUGCUGGUCUUCCACCAGCACUCAGGUUUUAUGAUCUCACAUCAAUGUCAUGUCGUCACCUCCAGAGCUGCAUUCACUAUUCUGCUGGUCUUCCAUCAGCACUCAGGCUUUAUGAUCUCACAUUGAUGUCAUGGAGUCACCUCCAGAGCUGCAUUCACAAUUCUUCUGCUCAUCUGCCACCUCUCAGAGUUCACGUCCUCACAUCUCAUUGAUCCACCUGCUAAGUGACUGUACAGAAUCUCAUAGUGAUGAGAAAUCAUCACAUCUCCAGUCACCCCCAGAGCUGCAAUCAUAAUCCUCUUCACUAUCACUUACCAUAGGACUCUUAAGGCAGCAAUAAUUCUAGUGGAGAAGAACUGUUCAGCUGACAAUGUGGAAUGUCGCAGGUCAAUUUCAGCUCUGGAGGAUAAGACCUGAUGGAACAGCAGAAUAGUGAGUGCAGCUCUGGAGGAUAAGACCUGAUGUAAGAGUAGAAUAAUGAGUGCAGCUCUGGAGGAUAAGACCUGAUGAAACAACAGAAUAGUGAGUGCAGCUCUGGAGGAUAAGACCUCAUGUAAUAGCAGAAUAGUGAGUGCAGCUCUGGAGGAUAAGACCUGAUGUAACAGCAGAAUAGUGAGUGCAGCUCUGGAGGAUAAGACCUGCUGUAACAGUAGAAUAGUGAGUGCAGCUCUGGAGGAUAAGACCUGAUGUAACAGCAGAAUAGUGAGUGCAGCUCUGGAGGCCACUGGGGGACAAGACCUGAUGUAACAGCAGAAUAAAGAGUGCAGCUCUGGAGGAAAAGACAUAAUGUAACAGCAGAAAAGUGAGUGCAGCUCUGGAAGUGACUGGAGGAUAAAAUGAUAUAACAGCAGAUUAGUGAGUGUAGCUCAGGAGGUUACUGGAGGACAAUACAUGAUGUAACCGCAGAAUAGUGAGUGCAGCUCUGGAGGAUAAGACAUGAUGGAACGGCAGAAUAGUGAUUGCAGCUCAGGAGGUUACUGGAGGACAAUACAUGAUGGAACAGCAGAAUAGUGAGUGCAGCUCUGGAGGACAAUACAUGAUGGAACGGCAGAAUAGUGAGUGCAGCUCUGAAGGUGACUGAAGGAUAAGAAAUGCAUUUAUUUUCUCCAUUGUAUAUAGUGUCAUCUGUUCCCGUCCACAGUGCAGCCAUGAAUAUCAUUUACCAAAACCAUCACCAGAACCGUACGGCAACACCGACUUCUACCGUGCAGCGAGAGGUCACUGAGCAUGACAUACAUGAAUGAAGCAGAAUGAGGAGGAAUGUGGAGCAGGAUCUGUGUCUCACCUGUUCAUCUCCUCCAGACAGUCUGUAGCGAAGAAGAAACUCUUGAUUUUUGGAUGACAAGCUUUGAAGGCGCUGGAACAAGAAACACAAGAUAUUCCCUGUCAUCUCCUCUUCAAAGGUACUGAUCACGGCAGCUGGUUCCUGUGCAUGGAUAACCUGUUGGUCGAAUGCGUUGGGUUUAUCUAGGGUCCCCGUUGGGACGAAGUUGAAGUUCCCCAGUUUGCCUCCGGAAGCUGAGAUGUCGGGCCGGUUGGUCGACGAGUCUGGAGGAUUACGGUGACGUCCGCUUGGAGUUCAUGGUUCCGGUGCAGUGGCGAUUCGCAUACAGAAAGAGGAAGAUCUGUUAUGAGGCAGUCCUUAUAUAGGGCCUACAGGGUUGGGAGUGGCCACUGUGGCCCUAGGACUGCUGGGAGUUGUAGUUCAAGUUUCUGUUCAUUUUUCUUUACAUUGAAUAGUGA